ACUUGACACUACAAGUUCGAGGAGGCGCUCCGCGUCGCAGUCGACAUCUCGGCGCCGUAGAGCUGGACGCGCGGAUAUUACAUUAAGCGCUGGUGGCAUGGCAGCGGCGUACUGGUGUUGCCGCUGGUACGGCGUCUAUGCGAUGCAAGAAGAGAGUUAGUGCCGAUCUUGGUUGACAUGUUUCGACAAGGUCAUUUUGUUGUUGCCAGGCUGCGUUUGUUCUCACGGCCGCUCCGUCUAUUCCACCCUGUCACUUCUCACAUCGCAAGCUUUGUCCGUUGGCGCCUCCUGCGAAAUUCAAAUUAUCCCUUGCUUACAGUUACACCCGAAUCCUGCCUGAUCUCUGUCCGCGCACCAGCAAAUGCAACCUGUCGAGGCCAGCACAUCGCGUGUGAGAGUCAUGAAAGUGCAUCUGGCAUCUUCCGAAACGUGGGCAGAGGCGGGGUUCACACCACGGAUUCCCGGAAAAGGUGCCCAACAUCGUGGAUUGCGCGCAGGUGCGAGCGCGGGAGUGUCGGCAUUGCCGGGCGAAAUAGGAGAAAGGAGGCAUUUUACAGACUGACUACUGUAACGCUACCCCAGACAAUACAAAUAAACUCAAAAAGCAUCAACGGCCGUUGUGGUGGGCUUCCCCGCGAAACUGGGAAUAAAGGGAUAAUGCGCUGGUUGGGAUCGGAGUUCUCGCAGCACCGCCCGCAAUAAUGAUCUGUCAUAGGAAUAUCUAAGAAGUGUGCGUUGCAUCUUAUUAUUUCUAAG